CAAGCAUAAAAGGCUCAGUACAAUUGUCCUUCUCUUUGGAUUCACAUUUGAUUUUAAUUGACAUUGAAAAAUCGACUAUUUGUUGGAACGAUUUGCAACAUGUCGGCUAAUACUGAACGAACAUUUAUCAUGUUGAAACCGGAUGCUGUUCAACGCGGUAUUGUUGGAGAGAUUAUACGACGUUUCGAAGCCAAAGGUUUCAAAUUGGUUGCCAUGAAAUUCAUGAUGGCAUCCGAAGAUUUGCUUAAGAAACAUUACGCCGAUCUUGCUGCUCGUCCAUUUUUUCCUGGUCUCAUCAAAUACAUGCAAAUGGGUCCAGUCGUACCAAUGGUCUGGGAAGGAUUGAAUGCUGUCAAAACCGGUCGUGUUAUGUUGGGAGAGACAAAUCCUGCCGAAUCGAAACCCGGUACCAUUCGUGGUGAUCUUUGCAUUCAAACUGGCCGAAACAUCAUCCAUGGCAGUGAUUCAGUGGAAACAGCCAAACGUGAAAUCGAUUUGUGGUUCCGACCGGAAGAAUUGGUUGACUAUAAACCUUCCCAAUAUGAAUGGGUUUAUGAAAACUAAUUAUCCUGAUUUUGGAAGAUCGUUUGAUUUUUAAUUAUAAUUUUCAAAUAAUUGAUUUUUCAUACAACAAAUGAAAUAAAAAACUUGCUUUUAAA